AUGAGCGGAUUGCUGCUCCCAGUCCUCCGCCGGCCUUCAUCGUUGAUUUUCACUGGCACUGUUGUGAAAUCAUCUCAACAACUUGUUGUUCGGUCACAGCGUCAUCAUCUCCAUUACUCAUCCCGCCUAAUGAGCGCAAAACUUAAGCCCGCCGCCCGCGUGGCCGGCAACCGUCAGGAUGUUUGGACCAUCGUCAACGAGGCCGCCGCUGCCUCUCCCAGACAGCCCAUCGUCAACAUGGGUCAGGGUUUCUUUGGCUACAACCCUCCCGAGUUCAUCCUGAACGCGGCCAAGAAGGCUCUGGACAGAGUCGAAUGCAACCAGUACUCGCCCACCCGCGGCCGUCCCAGGCUAAGGAAGGCGCUCUCCAAGGCGUACGCGCCUCACUGGGGCCGUGAGCUGGACCCGGAGACCGAGAUCACCAUCACCACGGGCGCCAACGAGGGCAUGCUCAGCGCCUUCAUGGCCUUCAUUGAGCCGGGCGACGAGGUCAUUGUGUUCGAGCCCUUCUUCGACCAGUACAUCAGUAACAUCGAGAUGCCCGGCGGCAAGAUCGUGUACGUGCCCAUGCACCCGCCCAAGGACGGCCACGUCAAGACGCUGUCGGCGUCCGAGUGGACCAUCGACUUUGACGAGCUCGAGCGCGCUGUCAGCCCGCGCACCAAGAUGCUCGUCAUCAACACCCCGCACAACCCCGUCGGCAAGGUAUUUUCUCGCGCCGAGCUCGAGCGCAUCGCCGACCUGUGCGUCAAGAACCAGAUCAUCAUUCUGAGCGAUGAGGUCUACGACCGCCUCUUCUACACCCCCUUCACCCGCAUGGCCACCUUGUCUCCGGAAGUAGAGAAGAUCACCCUCACCGUCGGCUCGGCCGGCAAGAACUUUUACGCUACCGGGUGGCGCGUCGGCUGGCUCAUGGGCCCCGCCGAGCUGAUCCAGUACGUGGCCGCCGCGCACACGCGCAUCUGCUACUCGUCCGUUUCUCCGCUUCAGGAAGCCUGCGCCAUCGGCUUCGAGGAGGCCGACCAGCACGGGUUCUGGACGCAGUGCAUCGAGGACAUGCAGAACAAGAUGAGCCGGUUCAACGCCAUCUGGGACGAGCUCGGCUUGCCGUACUCGAUCCCCGAGGGCGGCUAUUUCGUCAUGGCCAACCUCAACAAGGUGGAGAUUCCGGAGGGAUACCCGUUCCCGCCGCACGUGGCGGAGCGGCCGAGGGAUUUCAAGCUGGCGUGGUUCUUGAUCCAGGAGCUGGGCGUGGCGGCGAUCCCGCCUAGUGAGUUUUAUACAGAUGCGAAUGCGCAUAUCGUGGAGGACUGGCUACGGUUUGCCGUGUGCAAGCCUGAUGAGGUGUUGGAGGAUGCGAAGAAGAGGUUGAGGGGGUUGAAGAAGUUUAUUAAGCAGUAA